CGCCCAGGUGGCGGUCCCGGGGCGGCGGGGUCGCCAUGGCUCUGGCGUCGGGGCCCGGCCGGAGGGCUCUGGUCCGGCCCGGGCGGGCGGCCCUCGGGGGCGCGGAGGCCCCGAGCCGCGGCGCGUACGAGUGGGGCGUGCGCUCGACGCGGAAGCCCCCGCCCGCGCCCCUGGAGCGCGUGUACGAGAUCCCGGGGCUGGAGCCCAUCACGUACGCGGGGCGCCUGCACGUGGUGCCGGGGCUGGCGCGGCCGCGCUUCCCGCGCUGGGAGCCGGGCUGGGAGCACCCGCGCUUCCGCCGCCCGCCGCCGGCGCGCGAGCACCCGCUGUACCGGGAGCGCCCGUGCCACCUCUUCCACCAGCGCUGCCGCCUCCUGGAGGGUGUCAAGCAGGCCCUGUGGCUAACCAAAGCCAAGUUGAUCGAAGGCCUCCCUGAGAAAGUGCUGAGCCUCGCAGGCGACCCCAGGAACCACCUCGAGGACCAAGACGAGCGUGUCCUCAACGCCAUCUCCCACGCGCGCCUCUGGCACUCCACCGAGGACAUCCCCAAGAGGAAGUCCUACUGCCCUGUCCUCGUGGACAGUCUGAUCCAGCUGUGUAAGUCACAGAUUCUCAAGCACCCUCCGCUGGCCAGGCGCGUCUUCGCCCAGAACUCCUCCCUGUCCGCCACCUGGAGUCGAGAGUCGAUUCUCCUCCAGGUCCACGGGACCAGCGGCGCCCGACUGUAUGCCAAGGACCCCCUGCCCCCCGUCGCCUCUAGGGAAGAGGUCGAAGCUACUAAGAAUCAUGUUCUCGAGACCUUCUACCCCAUCUCUCCCACCAUCGGCCUUCAGGAGUGCAACCUCUACGACGUGACGGAUGACGCAGGAUUCCGGGAGGGUUAUCCUUACCCGCAUCCGCACACGCUGUACUUCCUGGAGAAUGCCAACGUCCGGCCACGGCGCUUUCAGCCAGACCAGCUGCGGGCCAAGAUGAUCCUGUUUGCCUUUGGCAGUGCCCUGGUGCAGGCCCGGCUCCGCUACGGGCCUGACGCCAGGGUUUUGGAGCAGCCGGUGGUGGUGCAGAGCGUGGGCACUGACGGGCGCGUCUUCCAGUUCCUGGUCCUGCAGCUGAACACGACGGAUCUGGCCUCCGAGGAGGGCGUCAAGAACCUGGUGUGGCUGGACUCGGACCAGCUCCUCUACCAGCACUUCUGGUGUCGCCCGGUGAUCCGGAAGAAGGUGGUUGUGGAACCCGUUGGGACAGUUGAUUUCCAGCCAGAGACCUUCAGGAAGUUUCUAGCCCUGUACCUGCAUGGUGCUGUGAGCCCCGAUGUCACCCACUGAGGAGCCGCAUCCUGGGCCCGGUGGGGUCUCUGACAGUAGAGCAAUAAAGAAGCCUCCUCCCAUG